CUUUAAUUAGGCAAUAGUUAGAUAUGGGUCAUAUAAACCAAUAUUUUCGAAAACUAAGUCAUUGUUAAGAAAACUGCUAAAAAGGAAAGUGAUAGUUAAAAUGGCGUUUAAAGUUGUACUUUGUGUUAUUGCCGUCUUGGGUCAGUCCUUUGCUGCGCCAUCUAGCUGCGGCUGCUCUCAAGAUUUUAGCCCCCCAGUAUACAGUAGCGACGGCGUCGUUAUUUCCGAAAUCGACUACCAACCCAGUUAUAAACCUAUUUCUAUCAGUUUUUCCGAAAAGGACACCCAAUCAAGCUACAAACCUAUUUCAGUCAGGGUUGAAAAAGAAAGUUAUAAUCCUAUUUACCAUGUCAGCACAUCGGCAAAAGAAAGCUACAAGUCCAGGUCCAAACCUACUUACGUCAGAGUUUCCGAAAAUGAGAGCUACAAGUCCAACAAACCUGUUUUUGUGCCCUCACUUGACGUGCCUAGUAAUGGAGGAACUUUUCUCGUAACUAGCGUCGGCACAAUCGUUCCGUCCGGCAUCGGUGUUGCCACCGACUUAAGUCUCGGCGGUGAGUUGGAGGUAUCCGGCGUCCUUCCGUAUUUGAGCGCCGUAGCUUUUGAAGGACAGUUUGAUGCUAACGGCGCAGCAGCUGUGGAGUAUGGUUGUGGCGACUGUGUGGCUAUCACGGAAGAAAUAAGGGGAAACCCUAAUUUUAACCCUCUUGUCAGUGGCAAAUACUGAUCAUCUUAUUCUCAAAACUUAAUAUAGGGCUUUAAGUAAGAGUGUGUGUUUUUAACAAGAAAGCAUCAGUAUUAAGUUUUGUUAAUGUUAUAAGUUUAUUUAAUUUUGUUGACUGAAUAAAUUAGUAUUUAUUUCUAAAUAA